AUGUAUAUACAAAAAACCUGUAUCAAUUUAGGGGAUAGACUAAGGGCUAUCGAGGGAGAAAACCACGAAGGACUAAGGGCUAUCGAGGGAGUCAACCCUGGAGGACUACGGGCUAUCGAGGGAGUGAACCUUGGAGGACUAAGGGCUAUCGAGGAAGUCAACCCUGGAGGACUAAGGGCUAUCGAGGGAGUGAACCUUGGAGGACUAAGGGCUACCGAGGAAGUCAACCCUGGAGAAGUAAGGGCUAUCGAGGGAGAAAACCACGAAGGACUAAGGGCUAUCGAGGGAGUGAACCCAAGAGGAGUAAGGGCUACCGAGGGAGUGAACCCAGGAGGAGUAAGGGCUAUCGAGGGACGAAACUCGGAGGACUAA